GUACAGCCAAGAGUGCAUUGAUGCCAAUACUCGAGAAUUUGCCAAUUCCUCCAGAUUGCAGCACUGAUGGUCAUGCAGAACGGCAAAGAAUGAAGGUGUCGAUUGUCGAUGCAAUGGCAGAGGUGCAAGCCCUUGACAAGCCAGAGUGGAUCCGUGACUGUUCUCAACUGGCUCAGCACUUUGCAGGACGCAUAUUUGAAAAGUAUCGGGAUAACGAAGAGAUCCGGCUGGUGUUUGAUAGAUAUGAUAUUCUAUCAUCUCUGAAGGAAGCAACACGCCAGAAGAGGACACGGCAGCAAGACCUCAUCUACUAUCGAAUCACCUCAUCUACUCUGAUUGCCAAAGUUACGAUGAAGAAGCUCCUAUCUCACACAAACACAAAGAAAGAACUGGCUGAAUACCUUGCACAAGAGAUCAUAAAGUACGCUGAACAAGGUGGAAUCAGAGUAGUGGUAGCAUAUGGCUGUGAGUGCAAGGGAAGCAAGAAGGAUAUGGCUUAUCUUAACAGUGAUCACGAAGAGGCCGAUACAAAGAUUAUCUUACAUGCCCAAGACGCAACGGUUAAUGGAGCAACGGAGAUCCAAAUCCAUUCUCCUGACACUGAUGUUUUUGUCCUUUCCUUGAGGCGUUACACCGAUCUGUGUCAGAAUACAGUGUUUGUCACUGGUAAAGGCCAGCAUCACCGCGUAAUCAAGCUGAAGCCGAUAGUCGAUGCACUUGGCCCUUUGAAAACAGCGGCUCUUCCAGCUUUCCAUGCAUUGACCGGGGCAGAUAACACUGGAUCGUUCGCCAGAAAAGGGAAGCCUACUUGCUGGAGAAUUUUCGACGAGUCUGAUGACAAUGUACUGAGCGCGUUGGCACGGCUUGGAACGAGUAAUCUCCCCAGUGAUGAGAUCAUUACCAGUAUAGCAAAAUUUGUUUGCCAGCUCUUUGUCCCCAAGACAGAAAUCGACUCUCUGAAGGCGUUACGAUGGUGGCUUUUCACUAAAAAACAGGCCACCUCCCAGCAGCUUCCUCCAACUGAUGCCGCCUUACACCAAGCUGUUCUCCGUGCCCAUUACCAGCUUAUUGUGUGGAACAAUGACACCGUGCCUAACCCAACCUUGCCAUCACCGGAAAAUUAUGGAUGGAAAUGGGAUGAAGGCAAUAAAAUUUGGUGCCCAGUGAUGACCACAUUACCUCCUGCACCACGGGCUAUUAUACAUCUUGUUAAAUGUAAAUGCGCCAAGGAGAAGUGUGCCACAAAUCGGUGUGGGUGCAAAAAAGUCGGUUUGAAAUGCACAGAUCUUUGUGGUUGUUCAGCCAGUGAUAACUGCAUGAACAAAUCUGAAAAUGAUGACGAUAACGACGAUGAAGAUGAAGAUGGAUACAUGGGGGACAGUGCUGAUGAUGAUGAGGAAGAUGAAGAUGAACAUGAAGAUAAUAACUACAGCGAGUAUGUUUCCGCGUAUUCUGAUGACUCAGAUAACGAGGUAGAUCGGAACAUUGGAGAAUUCUGAUUAAAACAAACAUGUUAUUUCACAUUGUAAAGAA